GUUUAUUCAUUAUCCCUCUCCCUCCUCAUUCUUCACUGAUAAGCAACACAAUCACGUACGUUUGCGCCUGGAACUAUUGGUAGCUAUAUACCUCUCCCUUCUCCAUGCCCAACAUGCAUCGUUCAUCAAACUACACCUAUCCGCAGUCCUCCAACUCGAGAGGUUCAUCGAGUCACGCUUCCAGCAGCGCUUUCAGUCCCAAUGCCAAUCCUAACGAGGACUGGACUAAGAUCUCCGAUCUUGCGGAGCGGCGUCGGAUACAGAAUCGCAUCGCGCAAAGAAACUACCGUAAAAAGCUCAAACGCCGCUUGGAGGAUUUGGAAAAGCGAGCAGCUACGGCCUCAACAUCACCUGAAAGAACUCUCGAAAGACAGGAACCAGCGAAGGGUGUACAUACAGCGAAGGCCAGUCGCAGCAAACCGAACCGCGCAUCCAAAUCCAGUCAGAAUAUCACCAACCACACGCCCAGUGAGCGAGGCUCGUCCUACGACAGUUAUUCCACCUCGGAUGAUCGAGGGUCAAUGUUUUCUCAUCAGUGUACCCGUCAGCUUUCGGCGUCCCCACCCCCGGUGUUUUCCUACCCAUCCUACUCACACUUGGACCCGUAUGGCCAUUCGAGCUACGGCCAGCCUCCGGCAUACCACCCCAUUGGAGGCAGCUACCAUGAUCUAUCCUACCACAAUGAAUACAGUACUCAGCUGCCAUCAAUCCUUCCCGUUGCCUUCUCAGCCACGGGCCCGUCUAAGAAACCCCAUUCUUAUGCCGACGACGAGAUUGUCAGUCCUUUCAGCAUUAGUUAUGCCUCAAUGGCGGGCAUCGAUCUCUGUCCAACACCACAACACUUGCCGGAGACCAAUAUCCCUGUACAUACCCCUCUCACUACACGACACAUGUCUGUACUAGAGCUCCAGGGUUAACGGUGCUAAUUCCGUCUCUCAGAUGCCACCUUUGUCUUCAGCUCUUAGCGAUGGUCACUCGUCACCGUCAACCCCAGCAGAGCCUUCUUUGGGAACAGGCCCUCUGACACCAAAGUCAGGUCCAUGCUCACCUCACAUGUAUCCCUUUCUAUGAUUAUACGACGACCCGAAUUCCUUCUCGAUUUCUGACACCUUCUCACCGUUCCUCUAUUUAAUGACUGCAAUGAUGUGUCACUGGCAACUGUGUUUUAAGCGAUUGCACGAUUUUUGUUUUCUGUCUAUUUUGUUUCUGUUACUUCUCGGCGUCUAUCGUCUGCGGUUUGUUUGGUCAAUUGCCUAGAGCGGUUCGUGUUGGUUCAGUGGAGAGCCUUCCUACAUUGGCUGUGCGCCAGCUACUCACAUGAAGUUCGAGUAAGUAGUAAGGGAUUAUUACCACAGAUAGAGGCAUGGGUUAGCG